UUGCUUUUUGUAGGCACAGAUACUUCCACAUUUGCUGGGUUUAGAGCUUGUAGCUGUGUGAAAGGAUUUCAUCGUACCCAUCUUUUUGAAGGCUGCAAACAAUGCGAUGAAGAAGGAUUACAAUGUGUGGAUGACCAUGUUAAGCUGAAGAAGGGUUACUGGUGGAAAUGGGCGAAUCAGACCCACAAACAAUUUUAUGAAUCAUUUGCACGUAAUCUCUUGGAUUCAAGGAACUCUUCUUCAACUAAUGCUUCCCUCAUCGAGUUCCCAUACACUGUUCCUACGCCGCACAAAUGUCCACAAAAAGAGGCUUGCUAUGGCGGUUUCAAUUCUUCUUGCGCUGACGGCUAUCAAGGACCGCUGUGUGAAAUUUGUACUGAUGGCUAUUACAAGCAGUUUCAAACGUGCAAAAAGUGUCCAACGAAGAAAUGGAUGAUCGGACAACUGUCGAUCGUGGUGGCAGUUAUCCUGGUCAUUAUUUUAGUUAUCCUAUGGUCAAGUAAAAAGAAGCAAGAGAAUGAGAAAAAAGGAAGGUCCACAGUGGAUAUGAUACUUGGAAGGCUGAAAAUUGUCAUUGGCUUUUACCAAGUCACUGAUGGACUGUUACAGACAUUUUCGUACGUUAAAUGGCCAGAUUCUCUUUCUGUCAUUGGAAAAUAUUCGGAGAUGGUACAGCUUAAUGUAUUUCAGAUUGCGCCUCCUCACUGCAUCUUUCCUGAAUUAAAGGUCAAUGCUUUUAAGAGCUUGUUUGCGAUCCUUGCAAUGAAUGGCACAGCCAUCAUCAUUGCAAUUCUCAUUUAUUGUUUACGAAAGCUUCUACUCGAACGGAGUGCUUCCUCCAAAGAGGAAAAGUUGAAGAAAUCUUCUCAAACGAAAGAGCUGAUCUUGAGAAACCUGUUUUUCUUCCUGUACGUGACAUAUCUCAGUACCUGCUCCAAAACAGCUAGUGUGCUUCCCCCAACUUGCCGUCUGCUUUGUUCGGACAAAACGAAAACCCACUGUCCAAAGUUUCUUAAGACUGACUACAGUAUCGACUGUGAGAGUACAGACUACAGUCGAUCAGUCAUCGUUGCCUACAUUGCAGUCGCUUACAUACUACUUCUUCCCACAGCAUCACUUAUAGCUCUCUGGAAAGCGCGAUUGACCGUUACAAGUCAGAAUGAAAUGGAAGACGAGCAUCAAAAUCCUGAUAUCAAAGUGAAAAGUAGCGAAGUCACCACAGGCUUGCGAUUCCUUUUCGAAAACUACCACCCGUGCUCGUGGUACUGGGAACUGGUAGACACAGUACGGAAGGUGGUCCUCACGUCAGGUCUGAUCCUGGUUGGUGGUGAAAGCAGGGCGUAUGUGGGACUGGCUUGCGUCAUGUCAGGACUCUAUGGAAUGUUUUUUGCCUAUGUCAGCCCUAUAGUGGAUCCAUUCGAGAACAGGCUAAUGCUGAUAUCUCUGGCUGUGACCUUUGUAAACUUGGGAAUAGGAGCUGUGAGUAAAAUUAACAGCGAGAACAUUCCUGCCUCAAUCGAUCCUUAUGUGGAUAACAUCAUGUUCAAGGUUCUGGUGUUUGGAGCAAAUUCUUUGGUAAUCGGUCUUCUCAUAGGUGAGUCAAGUGUAAAACUACUUCCGUUAUUAAUUUACCCUUCAAUAGUAUAAUAUUCAACCCUGGGUAUUGUUAUUAAUGACAUUAUAGGGGAAUCAAUCUGACCUGGGACAAGCCCAAGAUAGACUAAUUUGAAUAUAGGUAAUCUGGAACCCGACUUACUCGCAGGGGUGGGCGGGUGAAUCGCCAAUCGCCCUUCGUGUCAACAAAGUGAAGUGAAUGGGACAAAAUGUACUAGAAUUUCCCAUUGUAUAUACUCAUUUGCAUAUCAUUAAUUAAUCCCCAGGGAUGAUAUUUACAAUUCAAAUGGUACGUGAACAGGAAGCCUAAGCAACCACGACGACGAAAACGUCAACGCCAAAAAAGAAAAAACAGAAACGUUGCCUACAUUUGACAAUUUGAGGGGUCCAAAUAGACGUCGUCUUUUCCCUCGUCUUUGCUUAAGUUCCCCAAUCACAAGUAGGACGAUGCUGUUGGUUUUCGGCCAAAACUUAGUUCACGAUGUAAAUCGUUUAAGGUUCAACCUCCAUUCUAACUGUAAUUGUAUUACUGUAACAUGUGCCUUAAUUGAGCAGCUGCAAAUUUUGGGAUUUUUCGCGUCCUUGCAAUAAUUGCACAAUUCACAAUUCAUCGCGUUUCUCGCAGUCAGUGAUCUUUACAAGUAGUUAUAAGUAUUAAAGUAAAUAAGUAAGUGUGUAUGUAAGUACUGCUAAGUCAGUCCAGUGGCGGAUCCAGGAGAGGGGCCCGGGGGCGCGCCCCCCCCCCCCCCCUUAUUUUUCGACCAAAAUGAGGCCCGAAGGGCCGAAAAUAAUUUUGGGGUACCGGGCCCUCUUCCCCUUAUCUCAGGGUCUGAAUUACAGUCCCCCCCUAUCUGAAGGUCUGGAUCCGCCCCUGCAGUCAGUCAGUAUAAGUAAGUAAUAUAGAAGACUUGAACUUAAAGCCAAAAUAUUCAUAGAGAAGAGUUAAGACACUACAAGAGAGGAAUCCGCCUUAUAAAACGUCAAGUCAACGAGUACAUUUUAAGAAGGUGUUUUUGAAAGGGAGAGAUGACUUCUGACAGUCCUAAGUAUACGUAACUAUGACUUUUGUUUCUUUGCAGUUCAGUAUAUUGUAUACAUCUAUCGCUUUAUAAAAGAAUGGCUCAAGAAUCCCAAGUGCUCUUUCUCUUGCUGUCUGGCCUUGCUACUGCCUUUGAAUGAAUUGCAGGGAGAACUACGUGGAUUUGCUGGAAGGAAUGUUUUUAAGAGCCAACUGCAAACAGGAAAAAUGAAUAUGCCGUCAAUUUCAACCUCUUUCCAAGAUACUGGUGCUAUUAACUUUAGUUUGGAAGAAGAUCAACCCAGCCAGGCAGGUGAAAGGAAUUCUGAUCAUGAGGAAACACCUGGAAACAAGAGCGACAAACAAACCCAGACUCGAGAAAGCGGGAAAGAAUCCAUCUUUACCAAAAUUUCAGUUCAUGAAGUUCCAGAAAUGACAUACGAUACGUCUUUUUAA